AUGGACUUGCACAACCUCUCCACACGGCCAGGACAGCCCUCCCUCGCUCACAUGGCCUCACAGUCGCAUCGAUUUGCCCACAUCCAGGAAGUCGUCUACGAUGAGAAGAAGCAUUCCCUGUCCCAGCUCGAGCUGUCGUCCCACAGGCCCGCGGGUCCGCCCCAGGACAUGUCCCCGAUCGCUGGCCCUUCUUUCCGUUCCCCCGUCGCGUCCUCCCCUGUGUCCUCAAUACCGCCAUGGAUCCGGUCCUCGCGCAACCACCAGCCACGCACUUCGCACCUUCAUCCGCCCUUUUCACCCGCACCUUGCCCGAUCGCGUCUAGCUGGCCAACCACUUCGUCUGCGUCCACCGCAUCUCCCUUCGCCACCCCCUCACCAUACACUCCCAACCUAAUCAGACCAUGGAUCCCCAUAAUACUCUACAUCCUCACUACACUUGGCUUCCUCGUCGCCGUCAGCUUUUGGAAGGUCGAGGUCUUCCAAAGUCUAGAUGCGCUUUCGAGGUGGCUGAAAUCCGAUACCUACACCGGAUACGCAGUGAUAUUCACGCUCAUUUUUAUCACCACCUUUCCACCCGUUCCACUAUACUCCACGCUCAUUAUCCUCUCUGGGUACACCUUCGGCCCCUGGACCGGCGCGGUCAUCUCCUACGGGGCCUCUCUCGCCGGUGCGCUCGUAGUGUUCGGCCUCUCCCGCACCUUCUUCCGCGCAAGCAUCUCGCGCUGGUUAUCAUGCACGCAGUGGGUCAAGCGCGUCGUCCGCGCGAUCGAGAACAACCCGAAGCUUCUCUUCCUGAUCCGCCUGGCUCCCUAUCCCUACAACGUCAUGAACUGCCUCCUCGCUGCGUCGCCGUCUCUCACCCUCCGCACCUACACAUUCUGCACCGCCCUGUCGCUCCCGAAGUUGAUCAUCCACACGUCCAUCGGCUCCUCGAUCCACUCGUUCGCCGAGUACCACGUCAAGGAAUCUACGGGCGAAGACGACGAGGGCAGCGCGCUGUCGCACUACUCGACCAUCGCCGGCAUCUUCCUCUGCCUCGCCAUCUUCGUCUACCUCUCGUACAUCACUCGCAAGGCCGUCGACGAGGAGCUCCAGGAUGAGGAUGCGAUGGAGGCUGCGUACGCAGAGGAGCGCGUCGCGAGUCAUGAUUUGGAAGAGUGCAUGGCGGAGGCUCCGCGGGCAACGACUCCGGUCAGUGUGUUCAUGCAGGGCGCGUCGGCUUCGGCUGCAGCAUCUCGCCAGCCAUUGGACUCGUAG